CUUAUGGAAUGGAUGCCGAACUUGAGGAUUUGGAAAGUAUCAUCUCAGACCACUUUGGUCGUACCCCGGCGAGUACACCCGUUUGUUCCCAGACAUUGGAGGCGAGUGACGAGAGCGACGUGGAUACAAGCAGCUACGCCGACAUCUGUCAGGGUCGUGUGAGGUCUUUGGUGAGUGAAAAUAUUGAUGCGAGUGAUGACAACAAUAGCGACAACAAAGACGACCAAAUCGAUGGUCGAUCACUGUCAGAUGAAAACCAUGUUCACAACGUAACAAGCGCUGACGUACAUGAACAAGGAGAGUGUGACCCUGAUAGGUUAGCUGUAGAGCAUUUCAUGAAGGGAUGUGGAUGUGGCAGGCAUUGCCAAAAUAACUUCACACCAUCUUCGGUAUAUCAGUCCAUUUUAGACAUGCGUGAGAAGAGUAAAGAUGAAACAGAAAUGUUUCUUAUGGGAGUUGUUUGGAUAUCUCUUCUAGCACUAAGAGAGGGAAGAAACGUUCCCGCGUGCGCACACACUUUGCAAUUAAUGGUGCUUCAGUGUGUAGGGAAACUUUUCAGCUGUUUUUUGACGUUAAACGUGCUGUUCUAUAUGCACUGAUACAGACAG